AAGAACUUGAAGGCAAUCACACGCUACAACUCGGACCAAUCAUCAGACCUGAUAGGAAAUUCCCAAUUAGGUUUUCAGAUUUUUUAAGCCUAACUAAACAGACGGAGAUCGAAGUGGUGGGCAGCUUUGACGGAUUGCUCUGCUUAUGCUUUGUCCGUCAAGAUUCUCAACCAUUAAUUAUUUUAUGGAACCCUUCGAUUCGAAGACAUGUGGUGUUGCCACCUCCCUCCAUCCCGACUUCAAGGAAAGGCAAUCAUCCAAUUGGAUUUUGUGUUUUGAUAAGCGUUUUAUUAACGUGUUUUACACAAUCAUUUAUAAACGCUUUUAUACUUAAAAGAAUUAAAUCUUCACACAUAUGCCUCGUUUUGCUAGAAGUUCUUUAAAUCAACAAAUGGAUCAAAUGCAAGGAUGGUAGAAUACACACGAAGAAACCGACGGAAAAAGGUCAACCAAACGCAUCCCGAGGAACAAAUAAAGACCACAAAAACGCCCAAGACAGACGAAAGCCGCCCGGUUUAUGCCAAAGGCGGCCGGCCUUUGGUCCCCAAGCUUAUUUUCGCAUCCAAAGCUGGAAAAUCUGAUCCGGAGCAAGAAAAGACGAAAGCCGCCCGGCUUUCGUGAACACCGGCCGACUUUUGGUCGCCGAAGGAAUUGUUCAUAAUUUAAUUACAAAAGCCGCCCGGCUUUUGUAAAUGGCGGCCGGUUUUCAGGCCCUGGAGCGAAGGCAGACUAUUUUAAACGCGCAAAAGCCGCCCGGCUUUUGCGAAUGUCGCCCGGGUUUCGUCUGGCACUGAUUAAAACAGGCAACGGUCAUCACAAUCAUUCGAGAGAAGCUCCAAACCCCAUUAAGGAGCUUGCUUCCUUGUCCAAAAAUGGCCGUUGAAGACCCAAUAUUUAAGCAUAUGGAAGCCCUCUCAAGUGAUUAUUCCAUAUUCCAUACACUUUACUUCCAUUUUAGCACUCCAAGAUCAACCCCUUGGUCUUGGGAGAAGUUCUACACUUGGGGAUCCCAUUAUCCACCAUAGCUUUGGAGUUGUGGUACGGUAUUAUCUUCUUAUGUAUUUCAUUGUAUUUCAUCAAUUCAAUACUUGUAAUUUCAUUAUGAGUUGCUCUAGCUAAUUUUCCAUAGCCAAGGUUAGGGAUGAAACUUUACGCAUCCUAGGUGUUUGAUGUAUGUUCUCAACCAAAUUAUUAUGAUCUUUCCUUUAUAUUUUAAUGUGUAUGACUACGGUGUACAACGUAUGAUUAUAUCGUUGGGUUUAUUUGAGCAAUUAACGUUGAGUCAUAAACCGUGCACUUAAAGGUUAGACAUAUUCUAAUUGUGGAUAGAAAUAUACCUCAAUUGAAUAUGGUGGUUGUAAUAAUGUCCUAAUCUUCAAUGGGGUUAAUUUUAGAUGAAUGUGAACCGUGACGGGAUUCACACGUAGAAUUAAUCACAAUCUCGCUGCCGUAACAGGAGUUAGAAUACUUUAGCGACAUUCCACUCAUAAGAAUUGGUGAAAGAAUAUACAUUAAUCGCUAGGAGUCGUUUAGGAGUAAUCCCGAACCCUUGGUUGCUUUUAUUAUCACUUGAAAAACCAAAAAUCUUUACUCUUUUACCAAGUCUUUUACAAAUUAUAUUCUCAAUUUUUGAAUCAUAUAAACAACGUUUCCUCGUGUUCGACUCGGUAUUUUUACCGGAUUUUAUUACUACAUCGGCACUUGUACACUUGCAAGUCUAAGCCGAUCAUGUUUCCAGUGACGGUGACUAUAGGGUGGUGUGGGUUCAUGAAAACGAUGGAGAUAAUGCUAUGUCGGUUGAAAUCUACUCUCUGAAUUCAGGUAAAUGGCGGAUUCGACGAUUUGAUCACAAUUUGUUUCCUAGAAGGUAUUUAUUUAGUGGUCAAGCUUUUGUAGAAGGUAAGAUGCAUUGGAUGGGAUGUGAGGAAAUUGACUACGACUCUUAUCGUACAAUCACUUCAUUUCAGAUAGAUGAAGAGAUAUUUAGAGAAGUACCAUUCCCGGAUAAGCUGAAGUAUUAUGAAUACUAUGGAAUUAUAAGUAUUGCUGUAGUUCGGGAGUCAUUGGGUAUGAUAGAGAUGUGCAUGCCUAUUAUUUGUGAUGCAAGAUUAUGGAAAUGCCGAUACCUGGACUCGGCUAUAUCAUAUUGAGUUUACAUACCAUGAGGAAUGGCCAAUACCGUCAGUAGAUGCAUUUAACACUUGGAAGAAUGUAGGGGUUUCUUCUGGCACACAUCCACUGAUAUAUUACAUGGAUGAUGUGAAAUAUGGUGAUGAUACCUUUUACUAUGUAACUGAGUGUGUGGACAGCCUUGUUUUGCUCGGAAAUAAAGAUACUGUUGCAGAUGUUCAUUUGCUUGAGGCUAUUGCAGGUUCAGGGUGCAUGGAGGAGGAGAAUGCUGGUGGUAGACAAGAAAUCUAAGAAAGGUUUUUCAAACCAUUGGUUUGAAGAAUGAAACUUAGAGAGACAAGAGGAAGUAAUCAGUUAGUAUGUUACUGAUCAAGAAAGAUGAAAAAGAAGAAAGGUGGAGUCAGUAGAAAUUAGGGCUGUUAACGAGCCGAGCUGAGCCCGAACACCUAAAGCUCGAGUUCGGCUCGAUAAGGAAUAAAUGGUGUUCGGGUUCGAGCUCGAAGCUCGGCGAGCUUUACAAAUGAGGCUCGUGUUCGGCUCGAUAGGCGUUCGAUGUUCGAAUCGAGCGCUCGAUAAGCUCGAUAAAUAUGGUAGAAUUUAAAAUUUUAGGUGAUGCUCGUUAAUAGGCUCGUGCUCGAAUGAUUCGACAAGUAUUCGGUUCAUUAAUAAACAUAUUUAAAUUCAUAAAAUCAUAUUAAUUAUAUUUAAAUUUUGAUUAUAUAUAAAUUAUAUUUAUAAUUUCAGGGUGUUCGUUAGGCUCGAGCUCGGCUCGAUUAAUAUUUCGAACUUAAAACUUAACUCGGGUUCAAGUUCGAAAGCUCGUUAAGCUCGGCUCGUUAGGUUCGAAACCGAGCUCGAACUCGAAUAGUUCGAUAAAAGCUCGGUUCGUUAACCGCCCUAGUAGAAAUGACCAGCAGCCAGCUCAACACUUCAACCCUAGAACUAAGAUUAGUUAUAUACGAAUGGAUUUUGAAAUGCUUUUACGGCCCUUCAUUAGAAAAUAAACCAUUUUGAUGUAAUAAGUGAUAUGUUCUGUUUUUUUCCUCCUGUCCAGUAAGAAUUCAUAUGCCAGAUGACUUUCACAUUACUAGUCAUGUAUAGGGAAUCUCACCAUGCUUUGGUCAUAUGUUGGUAAAUUUCCCUAUUAAAUAACACUUAAAUCGUUUAAAGAUCUAACUCUUUAGUUAUU